UAAACUAGAGUCCAAAGGUGCGAUUUUGUGUUUGCAUUCCUGAAACCAAGCGCCAUUUUGUAAAUUUUACACGCAAUCCACACACUGGGUCAAAUCAUUGCUGUUUUUCAGAGCAACUUUUCUGGAUUUUUGAGUUGAAAUCUGUCCGGCAAAAUGAGCGGGAGGGACCCAGGAAAGAUCGACAUGGAUGACGACCAGCAAGAGGAGCGCACCAUCACAACUUUCGAGAAAUACGUCCAGUCCACAUUCGCCGAGUUGGUGGGAACCAUGUUCUUCACCUUCAUCGCUUGCCUGGCGGUGACGACGCAGGAUUUGGUGGCUAUUGCCUUUGCUGAGGGCUUGGCUAUGGCUCUUCUGUGUUCUGCAUUCCUCAACAUCAGCGGUGGGAUCUUCAACCCAGCCCUGACCUUCGCCGUGUGUUUGUGUGGUGGCAUCAGCCCGCUUCUUGCUGUGCUCUACUUCGUCGUGCAGAUCUGCGGUGGAAUGCUGGGUGCUGCCUUCGUCAAGGCCGUCUUGUUGGAGGAUUCCUACUACGACAUCCGCGGCGGCUGCAACAAGUUCCGCGGUAGCGUGCCGUACGACAAGUACGACUCUCUGCACGUGCUGGGCGUCUCCCCCGGUACCGCGGUGAUCAUCGAGGCCAUGUUGUCUCUCUUCGUCUACAUGUCCUACCUGCAAGCUAACAUGGAUAACCGCGGCAAGCAUCUGACGGGACCGCUGGCUUACGGCUUCUCCAUCACCGUCGGGAUUCUCACCGGGAUGUAUUCGUCCGGCGCCUCCUUCAACCCCGCCCGUACCUUCGGGCCCGCUGUGGCCUCGGGUUAUUGGGAUGAGCAGUACAUCUACUGGGCUGGGCCGGUCAUGGGCGGACUACUGGCAGGAGCAUUCUACAGAUUCAUCCUUGGAGACAGCAACAAGCGUCUUAUAAUGAGAGACUAGCGACAGAGAACGAGCAGCCCCAAAGCAGCUCGGCAAACUCAAGAUGAUCACGAAAUGAACUGCUGCUCAGACAAAAUUUGUAACUUCACGAAAAUCGUAAUAAAUUAAUUUUGUAUUCCGUAAUGCA